GCACAUGGACGCAUGCGCACCGAACCGUGGCGGGACUCGGCCGCGUGCGCUUUCCCGCCCUCGCCACGCCCUGCGCCGUCCGUCGGGCUUCCCCGCCCCAGCUGUAGGCUCUCGCUCCUCCUUCUCGGUCGCUCCCGGAGUCUAGGCCCCGCCUGUUUCUCUCCCCCAGGGCCUCCUCCGUCCGCUCCCGUCCCUUGCGCCUCUGCUACUUCUGCUGAAGGCGGAGGCUCCAUGUUGUCCCCUCAGCGAACGGCAGCGGCGGCGUCGAGAGGAGCAGGUGAUGCCAUGGAAAGUGGACAACCUGGUCCAGUGCAGGUUGUUUUGGUUCACAAAGAGCAACAUUCCUUUGAGCUAGAAGAGAGAGCCUUGGCCAGCAUCCUCCUGCAGGAUCACAUCCGAGAUCUUGAUGUGGUGGUAGUAUCAGUGGCUGGUGCCUUUAGAAAGGGCAAAUCCUUCAUUCUGGACUUUAUGCUGCGAUACUUGUAUUCUCAGAAAGAAGGUGGUCAUUCAAAUUGGUUGGGUGACCCAGAAGAACCACUGACAGGAUUUUCAUGGCGAGGAGGCUCUGACCCAGAAACCACUGGGAUUCAGAUUUGGAGUGAAGUUUUCACAGUGGAGAAGCCAGGUGGGAAAAAGGUUGCAGUUGUUCUGAUGGAUACCCAGGGGGCAUUUGACAGCCAAUCAACUGUGAAAGAUUGUGCUACGAUCUUUGCUCUAAGCACCAUGACUAGUUCUGUUCAGAUUUACAAUUUGUCCCAGAACAUUCAGGAAGAUGAUCUUCAGCAGCUACAGCUCUUCACAGAAUAUGGACGUCUGGCAAUGGAUGAAAUUUUCCAAAAACCCUUCCAGACUCUGAUGUUUUUGGUUCGAGACUGGAGUUUUCCUUAUGAAUAUAGCUAUGGACUGCAAGGAGGAAUGGCAUUUUUGGAUAAGCGUUUACAGGUGAAGGAACAUCAACAUGAAGAAAUUCAGAACGUUCGAAAUCAUAUUCACUCAUGUUUCUCGGAUGUUACCUGUUUUCUCUUACCACAUCCAGGGCUCCAGGUGGCCACAAGCCCGGACUUUGAUGGGAAAUUGAAAGAUAUUGCAAGUGAAUUCAAAGAGCAGUUGCAGGCACUGAUACCAUAUGUACUAAACCCAUCUAAGUUAAUGGAAAAGGAGAUCAAUGGCUCAAAAGUCACUUGCCGAGGACUGUUGGAAUAUUUUAAGGCAUAUAUUAAAAUUUACCAAGGAGAAGAUCUGCCUCACCCAAAAUCCAUGCUUCAGGCUACUGCUGAAGCCAAUAAUUUGGCAGCUGCAGCCUCUGCCAAAGACAUUUAUUACAGCAACAUGGAGGAGGUUUGUGGGGGAGAGAAACCUUAUUUGUCUCCAGACAUUUUAGAAGAGAAGCACCAAGAAUUUAAACAACUUGCUCUGGACCACUUUAAGAAGACCAAAAAGAUGGGCGGGAAGGAUUUCAGCUUCCGAUACCAGCAGGAGCUUGAGGAGGAAAUCAAGGAACUGUAUGAGAAUUUCUGCAAGCACAAUGGCAGCAAGAACGUCUUCAGCACCUUCCGAACCCCUGCAGUUCUGUUCACAGGCAUAGCAGCAUUGUACAUAGCCUCGGGCUUCACUGGCUUCAUUGGGCUUGAGGUUGUGGCCCAGCUGUUCAACUGUAUGGUUGGACUGCUGUUAAUAGCACUCCUUACCUGGGGGUACAUCAGGUAUUCUGGUCAGUAUCGUGAGCUGGGUGGAGCUAUUGACUCUGGUGCAGCGUAUGUGUUAGAGCAGGCUUCUUCUCAUAUUGGCAAUUCUACUCAGGCUGCAGUGAGGGAUGCCAUCGUUGGGAGGCCACCUACAGAUAAAAAAGCUCAAUAGCAUCUUAAUGGCAAGACCCAACAAGAGCCCAGUCAGCCCCUGGAUUUCUGCUAAUGCCACCGUGGGUCCAGUUCCAGAGCAAUGGCCGAUCUGAGAGCAUCCUGGAAGAGCUGAGACAGGGCAUUGUAAUAAAUGAACCGACCUUUCCUGUGGUUUCCCGUUCCACUUGUCUUGGAAGCAGUUCUUUUUCUUGCUGUUACAAGCCCAAGGCUACUCUCUUCUCUGCUUUGUGCACUUUAAGGGGUGGGGGUGGCGGCUAAAAGGAAAACAUGGAAAUGCAGCUUUUAAGUCUCUGAUGUGCCACAUAGUGCCUUUUAAGACCAGACCAUGCUUCUGCCGCCAUGAAGACUGAGGAAUGGAGGACAGCCUCAGGAAAUGCGGUUUUGGAUCAAGUUCUCUUUUGGAUUUUAGUUUUGUACCUUUGAAAAUUUAUUUUUUAAAUGUUUACACAACUUGGAAAAGGCUCAGAACUAAAGGCCAACUGAAAUAAUACUUAUUACACCUAAACAAUUUCUCCCAGUACUGGUGAUUGAACCUAGUGCCUGACAUGCUAGACAGACAAUUGCCCUAGCCUGGAGCUGUCCCCUAGCCUGCUUGACUGUAUAGUUUCAGGUCUUUAAAUUACUUUGUUUCCAGGUUGGCUGUGAGCUUUCCAUCUUCUUCCUCCCUCUCUAGCUUUUUUGGGUAGCUUGAAUAUAGACCUGUGCUACCAUCCAUCUUUCAGAAACCUUAUUUAUAUGAAUUAUCUUUGCUAUGCAACAUGGGAAAAAAUUAAAUCAUUAAUAAUCUGUGUUGGGGAAUAUAAGAUCUUUUACAUAGGCUGGCAGUUUUGUUGAAAUUGCUUUUUUACUUUUAUUCCUAUAGCUUCUUUCUAGAAAAGAGGUAAACAGUCCUUUAAAAGCCAGUGGUUCAUAAUAAAAGGUAUGAGUGAGAUACUUCAUGGUAAAAUUGUAGUUUGAACUUGUCUUGGUCAGAUUCAUUGCAUAUUUAUGUAUGUAUGUGUUACUUUUAAAAAUAGUUGUUUUUAGUGGCGAAAAGACAUUACCAAAUAUUACUUCUUUUAAUUAAUGUUCAAUUUCAUGUUACUUAGUGGUAAUACCAAAUAAUCUGAUCUAAAGUUUUUACUUUAGAUCAAACUUUAGUUUAAAACUGUAGUCAGACUUUUUUUAUUUUAUUUUUUUGGUGGUGGAGGUGGUGUCUGUGUUGCAUUGACUGGCCUGGAGUUUUUAAUACAGACUAGGCUAGCCUUGAACUCAUCGAGAUCCUUGUGCCUCAGUGUGCCACUGUGCUUGACCCCAAACUGCUUUUUAUUCUAUGAACUGUCUAAUGUUCAUAAUAUCAAAGCUAAACUGUUAAUAACUGACUUAAGAAGGAUAGUUGCUCAGACUCUAAAAUUUCCUUUUUUACUUUUACCUUGAUUAUGUGAUAAAGUUUUAUCUAUUAGUUUUUUUUCCCUUUGAUUUUGUAGUGAUGAAUUACUGUGUGGAUUUAAGCCUUAAAACCUGUCCACAGGUAUAGAAACCGUAAUUUUUUUUUUUUUAGGUAAUUUGAAAUUUUGUUUUGGGAAGGAGAUAGAAUGGUUUUGGCCAAAACUAGUGUAAAUUUAUGUACAUGAAAUAUGAAUGGAAGGUAGAAAAAAGGAAGUCUUGCAUUUAAUUUCCAUACCAGAAUUUUCUUCUAAGUUUUCCAAUCAAGCAUUUAACAAAUCCUGAAUUAAUAUUAAGCAUUUUACAUAUUUUUCUAUUAUCUUGUCCUGAAGUUCAUAGUAAUUUUUCCUUUCGCUGUGCCAUCUGGGAACAAUUCCAGCUUGUUUUGAAACUGUUCACUGCUUGUGAGUGAUGGCUGACCAUGGAAGGGGUUGGAAGUUCAGUCCUGCAGCUGUGCAGGGUUUUCUGGUAGUGUCCCCGUGUGAAAGCUUGUGCUGAGUGAUGGGUUCCCAGUGCUGAGAUUGGGUCUUGUCAUACAGUCCAGGUUAGCCUAUAACUUGCUUUGUAGUUUAGACUGGCCUUGUACCUAAGGUCUGCUGCCUCAGCUUUUCUUGAGUACUGAGCUUAUAGGCGUGUCCCCAUGCCCAUCUCUGUUCUACACUGUUACAUCUGUGUAUGAGUUUAAGGUGAAUGUUCCGUUAAUUAACUUACUCUGCUUCUGGAACAUGUUUAUGAAGUUUUCUUUGAGCUGGGCGGUGGUGGUGCACGCCUUUAAUCCCAGCACGUGGGAGGCAGAGGCAGGCGGAUCUCUGUGAGUCUGAGCAACCUGGUCUACAAGAGCUAGUUCCAGGACAGACUCCGAAGCUACAGAGAAACCGUGUCUCAAAAAACCAAAAAAAGAGAAAAGUUUUCUUUGAGGGUUCUUAGCUGUUUUCCUUGGCCUCUUUUCUAACUUUAAAUUGUUGACUUCCUAUCACAGUUUUUCAAUACAAAAUGUCUUUAAUGAAUGGCUAGAAAUAGUCCUGAGGAUAUUCAUAACUGGUGAAGGAUUCUGUUAGCACCUCCAGCCUUUUGUUUGUGGGUCAGGGACUUGGUAUAGGAAUCAGACCAGUGUCCCCUGGUCAGACCACGCUUUCUGUGUGUGUGAUGUUAAUUUCUGCACUCCUGUCAAUAUGUGGAGAUUUUCAUUAAAAAUAACUCACUUUAGAAGAAACUAAAUGUUGCCAAGAUAUCCUUGGUUUUGUUUUGGGGGCCCCAGGGCUGUGUGUAUGGCAGGCAUUUGCUCUAUCCACCGAGUCAAACACUUCAGUCUGCCUCCUACCAUCAAAUGGAUAGAAUUGCGCCUUUGAUUCUUCUGCUGAGAAGUCUCUCUCAUGAUUUAUCACUUGCUGAUAAAUGUCAUACAUCCCUUUUGAAGAGUACCAAAAAUCUGUUUCAUGGAUGCUUGUAACUUCUCUUUUAUUUCUUUUCUUCUUCUCUCCCUCCACUCUUCUCUUUUCCUUUUUCUGUGCAACUCCAGCCAGAUGUUUAUGUUUGAUACUUGCUUUAUCCUGGGUCAAGUUGCUGUGAAUGUUUGUGUUUAAUUUGCUUUCUCUCACUCGCUUAAGGCAGACAAGUGCAUAGGCAUAAGCGUUGUGUUUGCUUUGCAGUUUCUUUAGGAGGUCACACACUGGUACCUAGGAUAUGUAAAUGAGACAAAAAUUCAGUAGGUUAAUUUCAGCCUAAGCCCCCAACCCCCAAAAAAAUGUCCCCCCAAAAAGUAACAGGAAAAUAUCAAAAGAUCUAUUUUGUUCGUGUCUUUUUUUGAAAUGUAAUGAUGAGUUGGUUUUUCCAUCACGUGACCAGAAUCUUUGUAUCCUUUUACCUAGCAUGUGGAGCCAAUACUGUUUUUGUCAGGAACAAGGCCAUAAGCAAGCCUCAUUUGGCAAAAUAUUCCCUGUCCAAUGUGGUUGGUUGUAGUGAGAUACAGUUGUUUUCCUCAGAAACUGACUGUAGCUCUAUCUUGGACACUGGUUCUUAUCUACCUUUUCAUGCUUUAGAUUAAUCUGUGGGGUGUGUUGAAAGAAGCAGACUCUGCUUUGUAUCGUGGUUUUGUCUGUACCCUGAGAUCCAUCUCUUACAAAUACCAGUAAGUGACUGGUGGGUGGGUGGGGGGAUAAAUGAGGGAGAAUAAACUGAUGUAGGAAUGGGAGUACCCAGACAGGAAGUGCCCUUUGCGUUUCGAGCAGAUGCCUAAGGUCUGCUGCCAGGUCUGCUCAUCGAGAGUUUACUAUGUUUAGAAUCAUCAGGGUGCCUUAAUUAGAGGAUUGUCCAAGCUUUUUAAAGCUGUCAUAGUGCCUUCUCUUAUAUACCUGCCCUCACACGCUAACAGGUGAUUAGGAUUUUUUUUUAAACAAAUGUUGAUAGUAUUCCCUCUCAUACUCUGAAGAAGCCAAGUUGGGCACUGCCACUUGAAUCUCUUAAUUUUUUGUUGUUUUGUUUUGAGAAAGGGGCUCAAUAUAUAUCCCUGGUUGUUCUGGAACUUACUGUAUAGACCAGGCUGGCUUUGAACGCACAGAGAUGAGUCUGACUCCUUUCAAAUCCUGAAAUCUUUUAUACACAGAAAACCCUGAAGUACUAAUACCAGUAAUGAACAAAGGAUAGGAUUUUAAGUAUGAAAGUAGUCACUUGUGCACCCCACAGCAGGAGCAUCACAAGAUAGCCCUUAUCAACAGGCUUCCUAUGGGAAAGAAUUUCAUGUACCAGAAUGCAAGUUUAAUAUUUAGACCAAGGGAAGGUCGCAUUGAUGCCCAAACCUCUUUAGUUCAGGUCAUCAAAGGUGUUAUGGAUGUAAGCCUUAAAAGAGUUUAAUCUUGAACAUACACAAGGUAUCCUGAAUUUUACUUUAAAAAUGAAUUGUUAUAAGAACUUUUGCUAGAUCCUUGCCUUAGAAUGGCUUUAAAACAAUACAGAUUUUUGAAAUGCAAUGGGAAGCAAUGAUGCUGUUCUGUGUUAAAGGCACAUUUCUGUUUCUUUUCUGGGUUGUACAUUCAUUUAAUGGAUUAAAGAGCACAAUGCCAUGUUA